AUGCCGCUCCAGAUAAGAAGAGAGGGCGUGGUCUCCUUCCUCCGGGAGAACCUUCUCACGUUACUGACAAUCAUUGGAGUUGUGGCUGGAACUCUUCUCGGUUGGGGAUUGAGAGCUACUGGGUAUGAAUGGACACGACGAGAGGUUAUGUACUUCCAAUACCCUGGAGAGCUGUUUCUCAGGAUGCUGAAAUGCCUGAUUGUGCCUCUGCUGGUUUCAUCGAUUGUGUCUGCUAUCGGGUCAUUGGAUCUUAGCCUAUCGGGCAAAGUUGGUCUGCGGGCGAUCAUCUACUACAUGACAACGACAUUCUGCGCAGUGGUGCUAGGAAUAGCGCUCGUCACCACGAUCAAACCUGGGCAAGACCCUGAUUCUUUACCUGCUACCACGAAAGUAAUUUCCAAGGAUACACUGACGGCUGACAGUAUUCUUGAUUUAAUACGAAACGUUUUCCCCGAAAACAUAGUUGAAGCUACCAUUGCCUCAUAUCGCACGAAGCUCACCUACGAUGUGAAUGACACGAGAGCAAUUAAAGGUCAACUGGAAACCUACAAAAUAGAGAAUUACUACCAGAAAGGCAGUAAUGUCUUAGGUCUGGUGGCGUUCAGUAUAGUGCUGGGCAUCACUCUUGGUAAAAUGGGAGAGAAGAGUCGACCGCUGCAAAAUUUCUUCCACACCCUCUCGGAGGCCAUGAUGAUAAUUACCGGAUGGGUUAUUUGGCUCUCACCCCUCGGAGUGUUCUUCCUUGUGACAGCGAAGAUCAUGGAAAUCGAGUCAUUCUCUGACCUCGUGGGGAGACUUGGUCUCUACUUUAUGACGGUGUUACUGGGUCUCUUCCUUCACGGUUUUGGGACUUUGAGUAUUCUCUUCGUGCUAGCCACAAAGAAGCUGCCUUGCAGAUAUAUUGCGAAGAUGGGACAAGUUAUGGCCACUGCGUUUGGAACUGCAUCAAGUUCAGCAACAAUGCCAAUAACGAUAGGCUGCUGUGAUGAUAUGGGUCUGGACCCGCGCAUCACACGCUUCGUGAUCCCUAUCGGAGCCACCAUUAACAUGGAUGGCACGGCGCUAUAUGAGGCCGUCGCUGCAAUAUUUAUCGCACAACUCAGGAAAAUCGAUAUGUCAUUCGGCAAGAUUGUAGCCGUCAGUAUAACGGCAACAGCGGCUAGUAUAGGCGCGGCUGGAAUCCCGCAGGCAGGCCUCGUUACCAUGGUGAUGGUGUUGGAUACCGUUGGCCUUCCAGCUGAAGACAUCUCUCUUAUUUUUGCAGUUGAUUGGCUAUUAGAUCGAUUCCGAACAACAAUCAACGUGGUGUGCGACGCUUUGGGCGCUAUUAUUGUAGCGUCACUAUCUCAAGCAGACAUAGAAAAAUGUCGUGCGCAAAGCGAAAGGGAAGGACCCGGACACGAGCUCAGCGAUCUUGAAAAGGGCGAACAUUAA